AUGAACCACCGCAGGAAGGGGAAACGAAAAUACAAACUCAACUCCAUAGACAUAGAACUGGAGGCCUUCAUCUUUGGGUGCUUCUUCUACACGUGGAAUAAAAUCUUCACCGAAAAUGUGAGGAAGAAGAAGAAGGGAAACAAAAGGAGCACCAGCGGAGUAAAUAAGCUCAGCUUCAGGGUGAGCAGCAGCAAAGGAGCAGCAGCAGGAGCAGCGGGAGGAAGAAGCAUCCAAAGUCUCAGUGUCGGGAAGACGACAAACACCGUUAAGAGAAAGUCGAACCCGGUGGUUGCGCCCAAUAAGACGUGUGCAGUUAAAACUGCGAACGCUUUGGAAGUGCCAACAUUGGAGAAGCACACCAGCAGAAAAAGCUGCGGAGACAAUGAAGGCACUUUGCCACACGCGUCAUCUAGCCACAUUCGUAGCAACUUAAGUGAAGAAUUCCAAAGGAAAUACAAAAUAGACAUUGACGACCUUAACGAGCAGUUACUCCAUUUUGUUAAGCUAAACUUCUGCUUGAAUGAGAACAACUUUCACAUUUUUCACGAUUUAUAUUCUUUUUAUGACCACAUAAGGGAGGAGAAAAAGGACGAGGAGGUUUAUGUGCACCGCGUUUUCCUUAAAACCGAUGAGGGUUGCGCGCCGCAGGGAGGAGAAUGGAUGAGCAGUCCAGAGGGGACCAGCAUGGGAGGGAGAAGCGCAGUAGGUGAGAACAGCCUCAGGGGGGGUUCUUCGCAGAGGAGGGGGACCCAUAAGGGGGCCCAAAAGGUGUGCACUUCAGACGGUUCAAAGGUACCCCGGAUGGACGCUUCAAAGUUGUCCGUCGCGGAUUGGUCGAACCAUACUUGCACAUGGCCAGCCAAGUGCCCGUUCUGUGAACUGCCGCAGAGCAAAGAAAAGGGAGUUAAAGCACUAAGGAGACAGAAGUUCAUACACGCAUGCAUACGGAGGGUAUACGGAGAGAAGAACCUCCAAUUGGUAAACAAAUGCAUUAUAAACAUAAAAACGUUUGAUGAUAGCUUCAUCCACUCGAUUACCAUCGAAAGAUUAUUCAGCUACAUAAACGAAGGGGACAACAGAAAUUUGCUCUUCUUCUGGUUCGAAUUUUUGAAUGUCCUUCUAAAGGUUACAAUGAACAAGCAGCGGAUGAUUCAAAUUUUUUUUUUCUUUUGUGUAAAAAAUUUACUCAUAAGUACCUACUUUAACAGAGAGCAGAUGAUGGGGGGUGGUGAUGAGUUCACCGCGGGGAAAACUUUCUCGACAAAAGGACAGGAAAAAAAUCCUUUCCUCACAAAGAUGCUAAAAAAGUACAAGUGUGAAACGUUCAGCAACAUCGUCCUGAAUAACAAUUACAGACUUUUGCAAAAUCUAUUCGAUUAUUUUUUUAUGGUAUGCUCAACGAGCAGUUUGAAAUUUUACGACAAUUUUUUUUUGAAUGUCCAGAUGAUUAAUUUUAUUUAUCUUGUGCAGGUAAAUUUUUUUCACUAUUACUACAUCGGUCUUUGUUCGAAGUUUUUCCGAUGGGAGGCUGCCAAUCGGGGGGAAAGAAGGGGGCUGGUCAUCUCUACUUCGCAGCGGGGAAGCGGCUACAUCAUUCGGCUUCCAAAGCAGACAGAACUUGCUAAGGACGUGAAGGAGAAAAUCGGCCCCUUCAGUCGCCUAAAGAGGAAAGAUGGAGAAGCAGUCAAUCCUGCUACUAACCUAUGCACUGUGAAAAAGGGGCAGAGAAAGGAAUCCACAGUUGGGGCAAAGUUCAGGAGGGUGACUGGAGGAGGGGGGGGUCUCCAAAAAGGGCGAGUGUCCGCUGAGGGAGAGCAGAUUGGCCCCAUGAGUCAAUUCACCUGCACUGAGGAGUUUUCCUCGCCCCAUGGGAGAAGCUCCAUCGGGGGCAUCUCCAUUGGGAAGCACUACAACGUGGGUGGGAAGCGGCCCUGUAAGGUUAAUCUGAGUUACCACAACUAUGUGCGUGGGGGGCGGGGCAGACAGGGCAGACAUGGCAUGCAGUUCAGCAUCAGUCGAUACGUGGCCCGUCAUAUGGGGGGGCAGACCCCGAUGGAAAACACCAAGAUUGGGCCGCUGGAGAGUAGGAAGGUGGCCCCCAUGGACAGUAAUAUGACCGCCCCGCUGCCUCCCAAUGAGGAGAUGCAGCAGGCCCCCCCCGCAAAGCGCCUCGCGCGAAACCUGAAAAUAUUUUUCAGCCGAUCGAACAUCUUCCUGAACAAGUACAUUCAAUCAGAGCAGCUAACCAAGCAGAGCAACAUCUUCUCCUUCCUCUUCGACGCGCUGCCAUCAGACAAUCUGCAUAGCAACGUCAGCAACACCCUGGAGCCGUAUAUCCUUUCUAUAUUCUCCAAGUACCAGUUCAUCCAAGUAGACGAUUUUGUGGAGAGUCUCAAACGAUUAUACAAUUUGAAGAGGGAAAGAAAAAAAGGAAAAAAAAAAAUCCUGCAAAAUAGCGAACAAUCUAAUGUGAAAUUCCUCAAUGACCUACAGGGAUUUAAUUACAUAUAUCACAAUUUAAAAAAUGAUUACCUCAUGCUGGCGGAGAGCUUAUAUUUUGACAUGCAGGGCGAGAGGGAAAAGGGGAAGCAGAAGGAGAAGGGGACGGAAAAGGCCAAGGACACAAGGCAAAAGCAUAAGUACAACAAAGUGCGAAUUUCCAAUUUAAUCCAAAACGAAAAGACAGACACGUUCAGAAAUGUGUCCAUAUAUAAAUUCUCGUCGAAAAAGUGGACCGUCCAACACAACCUCUUUAAUAUAUACUUGGAGUGUAGCUUGUUGAACAAGGCAUUGAAGUUGCUGAUGAUUGAUUUCAAUUUCUCCUUCUCCCUCACCUCCGAAGUUAUUUUCCUCUACAAAAUGUACCUCAUUGAAUUGAAAAGGAAAAAUAUCUUGUUCGCAUUCGAAAAUUUGAGUAUGUCUUUUAACAAGUGUUUUAUUCUUUUGAAAAAAUAUCUUUGCAAUCCUACGUCCUUCAAAUUACUGUCUUUGAUUUCCCUCCAUUUUAGUAACCUCAUUUUUAACUACCCUUUUUUAAGGGCUUAUCUCUCCUUCUGUCCGAAUGACAAGAUUAGAUUUCUGAGGAGUAAUAUAAUUUUGCAUGAAAAUGUCACAGCCAACUGCUACUACAAUGAUUACUUUAGUCACAAAAAUGACGUCGAUGGUUUAAAUUUACUGUGUGAAGAUGGAUGGGAUGGAAGGGGGCGUUGUCGAUCCGUGCAGGAGGAGGGGUCCGGGAACAGCCGCAGAGAGGCUCUGCCAGAGGAAAUUUCCAGCUGUGUGGGGGAAGAGGCGGCCUCCUCGCCCCGCCCCUGCAAUUCACGCGCCAUGUACACCUCUCAAGGGUUGUACAAUUGGCAGAAUAACUCUGUUGACUCUGGUGGGCGGUUCGCACCUCUUUGCGUCGUGAGGGGGGAGAUGUCUCCGUCUGGCAGGGACCCAGGGGGGAACGAGGGGGAGAGGGGCUCCGCAUUGGCUUCAUACGGUCAAUGCGGCCAAUACGACCACUGCUUCGAAGCAGGUGCACGGGACAAGCGUGGCCUGCGGAGCGACUCAGUGGCCCCCUCCGCCAGAGGACCCUUCCCGUCUGACGAAGAACCCUUUUGCGGAAAUGCGGCGAUAGACCUCUGCAGAAGUAUCGCGCGAGGAGCUGCCUCCAGCAGGGGGGGAGGAAACAACCACAGGAAUGCAUCCCGUAGAAGUCCGUCUCAUAGAAAUGCCUUCCAUAGAAGUGCCCCCCAUAGAAGUGCGUCCCGCAUAAGUUCAUCUCGAAGAGCCAACCUCAGGGGGGAUCAUCGCACGUGGAGCCACUCCAGCGACGAAUCCUCACACGAGGGGGGAAGUGGAAGACACCACCGCUUUCUCAGUCAGCAAGAUCAUCUGUUCAUGCGGAAAAUUGUACAAAGUUUCAACUUCAUUUUUAAUAUACUGGACAAAAUGGUAACCAGCUGCGAGGUGUCCUUCCUGAGUAAGGAAGCGGCAGGGCGGGUCUUCCACCGCCCAACUGGGAAGCGGCCAACUGGAGAGCGGCCAAACGUGCACCUGCAGAUGGGCCGCCCCCCCCUGGAGCCUCCCCCCUUUGACACCCCGUACAUCCACGCGCAGAACAGCUACCAAGAGAACGUAGGAAACAUGACGAACUUCAUAAAGGAAGUGGUAAACAAAGUGGACUCUUACUUUUGCGAAAAUUUUAGCCGAAAGGAUAUCAAAAAGCAUAUUGAACAAUUGGAGAGAAAAAAGUACAGUCAUUUCUUAUACGAGUCCAAGGCAAUGAGAUCAAUGAGAGAAGCACAUGACGAUUCGUUCUUCUGCUGUCUAGAGUUUCUAUUUCUGGCAUACAUAUGCUCCAACUAUUUCUCCGAUCAUGUGUCUGGAAGCUACAAGGAUUGCUUCAAAUCAUUUAACUUCAAUAACAUCUGGCCAAGCAACCAGCAGAUAAAGGUGAAGAUUUUGCUCUCCCUGAUACACUUGCUUCUUCACCAGAUUAACGUGAUAAAUUUGAACCCCUUCUUCUUGCAGAUUCUGAAAAUAAUUUUGAAUAAAUUUUACAGCCAUUUGGAUUACAACGACGUGCAGAUGUUUCAGUACAUAUAUAUGAGCCUGUCCAAUGAGACUUUGUUUUCUUCUUUCUCCAUCUGUGAUGAGAUUCGGGAUGUUAUCAGGGGUAGCUUCGGCUCGGUGAGGGAGUUUUCUUAUGUCUUCGACUUAUCGAGGAGGAGGGACGCCUUCUCGCUGUGCCGACUUGGCUGCGCGGGGGACGAUCCCCUCGGGGAGGACCUUUUCGUCACGAACCUUUUGGAAUUCCUCCUGCGGGGAGAUGCGGCGGUGCGAAAGGAGGAGAAGCGAAAAGGGGGGAAGCGGAAAGAGGACAGACCAAACGUGGCAGAGCUGCUCAACGGGGAGAGGCCAGAUGUGAUAGAGCUGCCCAAGGGGGACCCCCUGAACGAGACAGCCCUAUGGGAGGACACGCCCUUCAGUGAGUGCCCACACAACGAGACAAUUAGAGAUGACUCUGCUGUGGGUGAAUGGGUCGACCGCUUUUCGACGCAGGGGGAAGACGAGCAAUAUGGAAGUCACCCAAAGUACCAGUUUGACGAUUUCAAAAGCGAGGCCUCCUUUGAGAAGAACGACUUUGUUUUUUUUAAAAAGAGUGAAAAGUGGGGGGGAAGAGACCAAAUAACGAAACAAGGGGGGAGAAGCUCCUUUCUGGACAACAUACUCCUCCACCUAGAUAAAAAAAAUACCAAUGGAAAGAGAAGCCCAAUGAAGAGAAUCCCCUCCUCGGAUGAGGCAGCAGAGCGACACAAUAAUGGUACCCAUACGAAACUUCAUCGUACAGGGAGAAGACACCUCCCGAUGAGGGAAAAAACCCACGGGGGACAGAAAAGUGCAGAGGAGAAAUACAAACAAAUGUUGUACCAUUUUAAAGUCAGCAAAGAGGAAUAUAUAGAAAAUAACCUAAACAGGCGAAACGAAUGGCUGAUACGAUUGAAGACGUGGAGAGAUCGUUACCAUUACUAUGAGAAUGUGAAGCCAGAUCAUUACGAGGCAUACCAUUUGGAGAAAGAAUACUACCUACCAGAGGAACUAUUUGAAACCAACUGUUUCAUCCUAGCGGAAGAGAAACAUCAGAUGAGAAUCGGAUUUAAUCUCGAAAAAAAUAACUACCUUUCUGAAUGCCUAAAUUUAUUAAGAAUGAUAGACUUAUACAUGGAAUGUAGAAGCAGUACAUACAACAGGCCACUGUAUUUUGUAAAAAGUUUAAUCGUCACAUGCUUAAGUGUGAGCUAUUCUAGGCAUCUGUCUGUGGUGUAUAUACAUGCCCUCAUACGACUAUGUCUAUUCGAACUGCGCAUGGAUAAUGCUCAUACGUCUGUCUGCAUUCUGCUGGAGAUUUUAACUCAUUUUGAGCAGAUCAAAAGUUAUCGAAAUGUGAUGGGCAUUAUUUUUUACCUCUGCGGGUACUCGCUACUACACCAGUUUAACUUGCAGUCGGAGCGACUGGAAGGGGAACGAAGGAAAAGGGAACUCAUAAAGGAAUACCAUCACCAUCUAAAUAUGAAGAGGGAAAUUUUCGGCUCUUUUCAGCGAUGUAAACUGGGCAGGUCCACCUUUGGGAAGAGUUGCAACACAUCUCAUAAGAGUGGCAACCCCCUUGAUGAGAAUUGCAAGACACCUGACAUUUCUCCGAUUGGAACAGAGAGGUCCCACGUUUGCAACAAUCAAGAGGGAGAGGAUCAAGGGGCCGCCGACUCCGACAGCACCAACGGGGGGGAACGCGCUAUUGGCUCAGUUGCCAUGAGUGAAGGAAGGAAUCUAGACCCCACACUAUCCGAGCAUAGUCACCGAAGCAGUAAUUAUACGUCCAGCCCACAGGCCAGGCAGAAGUCCGCCCCGGAACACUUUGCCAGAAGCGUGGAGAGGAGAACAAGCAGCUGCGUGAAGGGGAGCCUCUCCAAGGGCGGCUCCGCAAAGUGUGCCAGGAAGCUAAUCCCGCUAGUGAAGAACCAAAUAAAAAUCACCGACUACUUUUCCAAUGUGAAGAACGAAAAGGUGCAAGAGGCACUUUCAGACGCGGACUCCACCAUAUUGGACAGCGAUCAUAUUCACCUGAACAGUUCAGAAAAAAAGUGCGUAAAGAAAAGAAGAAAAAAUGAUGGAUUAACCCAUUACGUAGUCCAGCAGCAGGAGAGGCCCCCCACGGAGACAAAUUUGCAAAAUAAGAACGAUCAGCCGUACGACACACUUGAAGAGAUAAAUAAGAAGCAAUUUUUUUUACUUUUAAUUUGCUUCUACAUGAAGCGAGCUCUCUACCACUGGGAGAAUGACGGAGAUGCGGUGGGAAUUUCCAAUGGAAUUCAACAGAAGAGAAGGAUGAAAGAUGCUCUCUUCUUCCUCAUGUCUUCUUAUAAAUUUUUUUACAAAUCAUCUCUUUUUUUGUCAAAGCAUGAACGGAUUGGGAGUUUUAAAUUUCCACUUUUUGACUUCCAGCUUUUUGAGGCGUAUAAGACGUUUUACGCCUUCUACAGGGGGGCCUUUCUCCGGUGCUGCAACGCCAAUGUGACGUUCGCCUCGCGGGGUUGA